AUGGCUUUGGGUACGUAUUCAUGCAUCCUCCUCUCUUUAUUACCUCCCCUCUCGUCCUCUCCGCUUCUUCUAUCAGAAGCGGCCCGGUCAGAAGACACGGACGCACCCGCAAAGGCCACCACCGUUAUCACCACCACCCGCAACCUCAGCAGCGCAAGGAUGAAGCCCCGGCAAGGCGCAGUCCACGUGGUGGGCGGAACGGACGACGACGAGGAUGCGAAGAUUCCGCGCGCGCGGGCGGAGAAGUGGUCGCUGGCGGACGUGGCGGAGGCCACGGCGCAGUUCGCGCAGGAGCGCGUGAUCGGGGCGGAGGGGCAGAGCGUGGUGCUGCGCGGGAGCGCGCGCGACGGGCGGGACGUGGCGGUCAAGCGGUGCAAACAGCCGCAGCCCGAGACCCAGGCGCUGUUUCUCCGAGAGGUGAUGCUGAUCACGAGCCUGCGCCACCCCCAUCUCCUCCCGCUCGUUGGCUACUGCGACGAGGGCAGAGAGCAGAUCCUCAUAUUCGAGCACAUGCAGCAUGGCUCGCUCGCUUCCUGGCUGCGCCCGCCUGCAGAGGGCAAUGUGUCUAGACCGCCACUCACGUUUGAGCAGCGCUUGAGGAUCGCUGCUGACGUGGCACGCGCUGUGGAGUUCCUGCACUCGCAGCCCAAGCCGGUGGUGCACCGUGACGUCAAGACCGACACCAUCCUGCUGGACGAGAAAUUCAGUGCGAAGCUGGGGGGGUUGGGGACGCGCAAGCACCUGCCAGGGGAGUCGAGCCGAGUGCGUGUGCAGCGGAGGAAGGGGUACUUGGAUCCCGAAUACUGCCAAACCUUCGUCGUCACUACCAAGGCCGAGAUCUUUGCAGUUGGAGUUGUCAUCCUCGAGCUUAUAACGGGUCGACCACCAGUGGUGGAAGAAGAGGUGGUAGCUAAGGCGGGUCGAAACACUGUCAAGAUUGUUACACUUGCUCAAUGG